AAAGCAUCUGGUUUCUUAAAUAAACAGGCUCUGUAGAGAGGCUGCGCUGUGUAUGCUGUCAGCUCUGAGAAGAAUGUAUGUGUUUGUUUGCGACGCUGGCAGGCCUGAAUCCAGGCUGACAGGACUGAAUGUGCCUGCUGGAGACUUCGGGAGCUGCUGUUCAUGGCCUGCUGUUGAGGGUCACCAGACCAGACCCUCUUAACACCCGGAAAUCUGCAGCACGUGUUUGAUGAUCUCAGCGGCUCAGUAUCCUUAUCCUGGCUUGGAGACCGCACUGGGGUUAUUCUAGUCUUGACUACCUUCCAUGUACCACUGGUAAUUAUGACCUUUGGACAGUCCAAGUUAUAUCGAAGUGAAGAUUAUGGAAAAAACUUUAAGGAUAUUACAAAUCUCAUCAAUAACACCUUCAUUCGUACUGAAUUUGGCAUGGCCAUUGGUCCAGAGAAUUCUGGAAAGGUGAUACUAACAGCAGAGGUAUCUGGAGGCAGUCAUGGGGGAAGAGUCUUCAGGUCAUCAGAUUUUGCGAAGAACUUCGUGCAGACAGACCUGCCCUUCCAUCCGCUCACCCAGAUGAUGUACAGCCCCCAGAAUUCCGAUUACCUUCUAGCUCUCAGCACUGAAAACGGCCUGUGGGUGUCCAAGAAUUUUGGGGGAAAAUGGGAAGAAAUCCACAAAGCAGUAUGUUUGGCCAAAUGGGGAUCAGAAAACAUCAUCUUCUUUACCACCUAUGUGAAUGGCUCCUGCAAAGCUGACCUUGGAGCAUUGGAAUUAUGGAGAACUUCAGACUUAGGGAAAACCUUCAAAACCAUUGGUGUGAAAAUCUACUCAUUUGGUCUUGGAGGGCGUUUCCUUUUUGCCUCUGUGAUGGCUGAUAAGGAUACAACAAGAAGGAUCCAUGUGUCCACAGAUCAAGGGGACACGUGGAGCAUGGCCCAGCUUCCUUCUGUGGGGCAGGAGCAGUUCUAUUCUAUUCUAGCAGCUAAUGAUGACAUGGUCUUCAUGCAUGUAGAUGAACCUGGAGAUACUGGAUUUGGCACAAUAUUUACCUCCGACGAUCGAGGCAUUGUCUAUUCCAAGUCUCUGGACCGACAUCUCUACACUACCACAGGUGGAGAAACGGACUUUACCAACGUAACCUCCCUCCGCGGGGUCUACAUAACAAGCAUGCUCUCAGAAGAUAACUCUAUCCAGACAAUGAUCACUUUUGACCAAGGAGGAAGGUGGAAGCACCUGAGGAAGCCUGAAAACAGCGAGUGUGAUGCUACCGCCAAAAACAAGAAUGAGUGCAGCCUUCACAUCCACGCUUCCUAUAGCAUCUCCCAGAAACUAAACGUCCCAAUGGCGCCACUCACUGAGCCUAACGCUGUGGGCAUCAUCCUCGCUCAUGGGAGUGUGGGGGACGCCAUCUCGGUGAUGGUCCCCGAUGUCUACAUCUCAGACGAUGGGGGCUACUCCUGGAUGAAGAUGCUAGAAGGACCCCACUACUACACCAUCCUGGACUCCGGAGGCAUCCUGGUGGCCAUCGAACACAGCAGCCAUCCUACCAAUGUGAUUAAGUUCUCCACAGACGAAGGCCAGUGCUGGCAGGCCUAUGUGUUCACCAGGGAGCCCAUCUAUUUCACCGGCCUGGCUUCAGAGCCUGGAGCCAGGUCCAUGAACAUCAGCAUUUGGGGGUUCACAGAAUCUUUCCUGACCCGCCGGUGGGUCUCGUACACCAUUGAUUUUAAAGAUAUCCUUGAAAGGAACUGUGAGGAGAAGGACUACACCAUAUGGCUGGCGCACUCCACAGACCCUGGAGAUUAUCAAGAUGGCUGCAUUCUGGGCUACAGGGAGCAGUAUCUACGGCUACGGAAGUCAUCCGUCUGUCAGAAUGGCCGAGACUAUGUUGUGACCAAGCAACCGUCCGUCUGUCCCUGUUCUCUGGAGGACUUUCUCUGUGAUUUUGGCUACUUCCGUCCAGAAAAUGACUCCAAGUGUGUGGAACAGCCAGAACUGAAGGGGCACGACCUCGAGUUUUGUCUGUAUGGACGCGAAGAACACCUGACAACAAAUGGGUACCGGAAAAUCCCAGGAGACAGAUGCCAAGGUGGGGUGAGUCCAGCUCGAGAAGUGAAAGACUUGAAAAAGAAAUGCACAAGCAACUUUUUGAGUCCCAAGAAGCAGGACUCCCGCCCACAGGGACACAGCUUGUCCCAGAAUCCAGCUCCGCCUCCUCUUGGACACAUUGAAAACACACACUUCCUAUCUCCCACCCAGAAGCAGAAUUCCAAGUCAAACUCUGUUCCAAUUAUCCUGGCCAUCGUGGGAUUGAUGCUGGUCACAGUUGUAGCAGGAGUGCUCAUUGUGAAGAAAUAUGUCUGUGGUGGAAGAUUCCUAGUGCAUCGAUACUCCGUGCUGCAGCAGCACGCAGAGGCCGACGGGGUGGACACGCUGGACACAGCCUCCCACGCCAACAAGAGCGGUUAUCACGAUGACUCAGAUGAGGACCUCCUGGAAUAGCUCUUCCAAGGAGCUGGGACCAGGCACAGAGAGUGGACCCGCUGUACGCUACACUCCCUGUGGCUCCAGUUUGGGGAAGUGGAUUUCCCAGUUCAAGGGACCCAGCUCUGUUCUGCUGCUUCCAUCAAAGCCAAAAGGACCUACACUAAAGAACUUCGGGAUGGGGUGGGAAACCCUCAGCACUCUUAAAAUUGGCUCUGAAUAGGGGGAAAAUUUAAAUCCUUUAACUUUUUAUUUCAAAUUCUGUCUUUUUUUAAACUAUAGGCUUUGGAUUUGUUUGGGUUUUGGUUUCUUUGGGCUUUUGUCUUGUUUUUGCUUUAAAGGAAAUGCCGUGGCAUUCGAAGGCUUGUCCCCUCGACGCCCUUGCCUGUUCUCUGUGGCACCUACCCCGAGCACCUGUGGCUCCAGCUUGAGCUCACGUGUACAUGUGCUGCCCCUGGGCUCUGCCUGCCACGGGAAGCAGCCACAGAAAGGGAAACCCAGGCUGCAGUGGCUGGCAGAGCCGGCCCGCCUCCCUGCAUCUGGGGACGGCCCUCCAAGAGCAUUUGCUACCAGCUCCUCACACAGACCUGACGCGGCUUUGUUCCCCCCCAAGGACCGUAGACCACAUUGCUUUUGCUUUUCCCUGUUUAGGCAGUACACUUGUUAAUUGCCCUUUGGCAACUGACUUACCCAUGUGCUUCCAAGAUACUAAAUCAGGAAAACUCACAGGGCAAUAUUUUUAACUUGGGACAGGCUGAAGGGAGCAACAGAGAAUUGACUAGAUUUAGUACCUAUUAAAGGCAAAACUGGCUGCUUCUGAGAUGGCUGAAGCUAGCGUUGUGUGUGUGCCAGGAGCCGUGCUCAAGGACAGCGUGCAGGCCUGGGGGCCUGCCGCCCGCCACCUCCGCGGAGGCCGUCGGUGCUCGCAGCGCGGUGCAGCCUGAGGAGAUGUUGCCCGCUCCCGUUUCCCGCGGAGCCUGUCAUGUUGGCUUACAACUGAACCACCCGUUGUGUGCUGCUUAUCUGCUUCCUCCUGGGUUGCUGUUGUACACGCUCAGGACUAGAGAUGUUUCCAGAUUCAUAGAUUUUUUUUUUUUAGAUCAGCAUUUUAUUACUAGGCACUUGUCCUCACAUCUGCUUUGCCAAGUCACUUGGCAUAAAACCAUUGGCUGAACCGACUGAAAACACACUUCUGGUCUUGACGCUUUGCUUGAUACAUUGUGCUCAUAUUUUAAAUUUAAGGAAGUUUCCCAUUUGACAUUUUUCCAAAUUAAAUGAAUUACAGAAUGUAAUUGGGUGGAUUUUGUAAUAUGAAGCUACAAUGAUGAGUUUUAUUAUAGCUUGACUAUUUGCCACCCAGGAAUACAGCGUGGCCAGUCCUUGGUUUACUGCACCUACUGCGCUGGUCACAGCUUCUCCCAGUGACUGGGAGACUCUGAUAGGUGCCAUUUGCUGCUAGCUCACUGUGUGGCUAGAAAGUCAGUAAAAAGUAGCUGUGCCAAAAUGACUUCUGUCAGAAUGCGGGAGCAGAUGGCUGAGCUUUCUGCUCCUCAGAAGGGGUGAACAGCAGCCGGGAAGCGGGGGAGGAAGUGCCUGGGGAAUUUUAGAAGCUCUGGAACUGCAGUACAGCUCAACGAGUCAGGGAACUUCUGUUAGCAAAUGAAGUUAGGGCAGUCUUUGUGAAGAGAGUAUUUGUGCAGGCUAGAGUGUACCAGCUUUAGGAUCAUUUGUUGUAUGUGGUUUUCAAUUUUUAAAUCCAAAGAUAUAUACCAGCUCACAAAGGAUGAGCAUCAGCCUCUGCCCCACUCUCACCUCCUGCCCAAAGUGAAUCUGAUGCCCAGCAUAGACGUACGCACACCACGUCUCUUUUCCCCAACAGACAUGCAGAAGGAUGUAGAUUAGAUGGCCAAUAAAUGCGUGGUAAUCCUUUUACUAGUUUUAAGAUGUAGGAGGGCUAAUAGUCUUCUCUAAACAAAUAACAUCAGAGCCCUUUGCUUAUAAUAACAUCUUAUAUUUAUAUAGAGUUGAUGAUUCUCUCAGCACUUUCACGUACGUCAUUUGAGCCCCCAGUGUUCUUGAGAUGAACCAAAGAACCAAACUCGAGUCAGCUGUCCGGGUCCCUGAGUGUGGUCUGAGCAACGCCGGUGGUUGUCUUCAGAGCUCUGGAAGGUGGCUACGGAGUCAGUGCUCAGCACUCGGGACGUAGCUUCUCUCAGAGGUGACGUGCUGUUUUUCAGGAGAAGGGUCAGUGGAAUUGCUCUUAGAGCAUUAGUUAGCACCUUUUUGUUUUCUUUUUGAAAACAGAAAAUUUUAUCCUCCUAUUUUUCAUGGCGGAAAACAAUGGUAAUUUUGAAUGUGUCUUCAGGGACAGGCUCUCCCUGUGUGGAGGGUCACUGCUGAGGACCACAGGUGUGAGUCUCCGAGGAUGGGUCCCCUUCUCCAUCCCGUUGUUCCCACACUGGGCUGGUGACUGUGUUGCCUUAGGACUGCCUGCUAGGCUGGCUCAUUCCCUUUAUGGCUCCGUAGCUUUCAGUAGCAGCCUCACAAAUGUGUGCCCUCCACCAGGGACUAAAACAGCCUAAACCCUUUGAUGCUGUUUCUAAAAUAAAAAGGUCUCUGGUUCGCCCUACUCAGGUUAGGAGCAUCACCCUUGACGUUAAAACCUAGCAUGCCCACAUAAAGUCCCAGGUGUGAUAGCUGCAGAAGAGAUUUCCGGAGGUUUGAGCAAUAAAAUUUAGAUUGUUAGGUAAGGUGGACAUAAUCACAGUCCAAAGCAGUCUGAGCUCUUAAAUCCAGAAUCCUUCCCGUUGAAGACCUAAUGGAUUUUUCAUAUUUCUUGAGACCAGAGACCAGAGUAGAAUGUGCCUAAGCUGUAAAUCGAGUGGCGACACUGCUUAGAAAACAAAGCCUUUGGAGAGUUGUGGGAGCUGUGGGGCUUAGGACGUGCAGCGGUAUCAGUGUGCCUGAAGCUGGGAACUGGCAUCCGCCUCUGCGUAGGACAGGCUCCUAGUACAUCUCUUUCUUACUCUUAGGUUUGUCUCUGAAUCUCGGUGUGUGUCAGCUGGCCUUUCAUCCUUGACAGAUUAAGAACGUGCUGGCCACCUCCAGCUCCUGCCCUGGGAGUAGGAACUAUAGCUGGACAAGCCCUGGCCUGUGUUGUGAAGCUGGGACACAGGGAGAGGCAUCCGUGCCAGCCCUGGGGCUCGGGGCUGGCCUGGCGUUCUCAGCAAAGCAUCUAGGUAGAGAGUUGUUCUCUUUAGGCGAGCUCUACGAGCCCCACCCUUGUACACAGUACAUACGAGCUCGUUGUGAGCACAGCCCUCAUCUCCAUAUUAAGCUAGGAAACCUGGGACUGCUCAAAUAGGAAGAGAUGCGCCACUUCAACUUCCGGCCACCUUCUUUCCAACAGGAAAAUUGACAUAGACCUAAAUGUUCUUUAAACAAAACCAAAGUUUAAGAUUUGCCGUGUGAAGUAGUGAAUGGGAGGGCCAGAGACAUCAGGUGCCAGGCUUCUGUUCCAUCUGCUGUGGAUUUCCUCAGAGCAGGCAGCGCUACAAGCUCUUCCUGCCCUAGCAGAGUCCAGCCUGACCCUCAGAGAGGAUAACUGAAAUAGCAGGAGCAUGUUGAGUUCUUACUUACGAUGAAAGCAAUUAGGAUUAGAACAUUAAUUUGAAAUUAUCUUUAACAACUUGCUGUAUGCAUUUUUUCACACAAGUACAUCCUUAAGCAUUCUUGUUUAUAUGAAUUAACAAACUAAUCUGUACCUUUAUAUAUAUAUAUAUAUAGAUAUGUACAUAUAUACAUAUAUAAACUGUAUAGUGUACAUGUUAAUGAUUUAUUGAUAGCCCCCAAAUCUUUAAUGCAGGUCUCAUCCUCUGCAUGCCUUCAGUCGUGGCCGGUGACUUAAUGUCCCCGGGUGGUUCUGCCCACCUCCUGUGUUUGAACCACUGGGGAGGAGGACGGGGGUCGUACUCUUCUCCUGCACCGAAACGCUCAGGGUCCCCACGUGCCCGUCGUUCCUUCCUCUCCUGGCUCUCGUUCCCUGUCUGAGCAUGUGGUCCCUCCCGACCCACGAGACUGCUGCCUUCCUGUGAAAGUGCUGAGCAGUACUAAGAUCAUUACUGCAUGUGUGCUGAAGACCCAAGUUUCUGUUUCCUCGGGACAGGAAGUUGCAUGUAAGGUGAGAUGAUCAGUUUCAGUGACCCAUGUCAGUUACACAGUAAAGCCAGACCCCACAAUGAAAUCCCACAAAAAUGGAAAUAAAACUCAAACUUCUUUAGCGUUGUGUAAAUAAAUCUGGAUGUGUUUAACUUUGUACUGGUAAUUUUCUGUAUAUUUGCAAUAUUUGGGUUAGAAAUAAAACAGACUGGACUUUGUUACUUGACCUACCAAGA